AUGUGCAGAUAUACCACUGCUGAGCUUCGCCAUAUGGACUGCCGAAAGGUGGGCAGCUUUAAGCACAAGACAAUUCAUCGCCUAUUCAAGCGGUGUUACCAACGCCCUGCUCCUGGUCCUCGCUGCGAAGAGCCCAAGAGGGACCUUUCACUCGGGCAUCAUGAGCCUACCGAGCACAGAGGCCGCUGCCAGAGGUGCCGUGACUCGGGAAUAUCGCUCGAGGAUGAGGUGGAAGAUUGCAUUUCUUCUUUGGUUUUCAAUACUAUGGAGUUGGAUUCCGGCUCGCUCAAAUUUCUAUCCGCUGGUAAAUCAGCAAUUGUCUACGGGAUCGACGACGCAAGGGUGCUCAAGCGGUACUACGAAGACGAGGACGAAGACGAGAGCAUCCUCACGGAGCGCCUUGCAUUCGAUCGGCUCGGAGCUCACGCCAACAUCGUUGAACGCCUUGAUUUCGGUCCCAGAUCUCUUGUCCUUGAACGCGGCCGGCCCCUCAACAAAUUGACCAGAACCUCCAUCCCAAUGGCAACAAGACUCAGCUGGGUCAGGGAUGCAGCGGAGGGUCUACGCUAUGUUCACCAGCACGGAAUCAUCCACGCCGACGUUGGUUGCGACAACAUGAUUCUUGUUGGAGGACGUGUCAAGAUUAUCGACUUUGAAGGGUCCAAGAUGGAGGGAAGGGAGGCGACAUCGUGCUACAAGUGGAACAGUUGCCAGGGCAUCAUCACGAUUGACGAGGAGAGCGACGUCUUCGCAUUUGGCUGUGCUGUCUACGAGAUCAUCACCGGCCUGCCCCCUUAUCAUGAGCUGGAGGAUAUGGAGAACCGGGCGCUCCUCUUUGAGCAGCUGUUUGCGGAGGGCCGGUACCCCGAGGUGGCUCACCUGCCCUUGGGCCAACUGGUGCAGGGCUGCUGGGAUGGCUCUCUACGGUCUAUGGACAAGGUCCUGCAGGCGCUGGACACUGACGACAGCAUUACGGUAACCUGA